AUCGUGUCCGACUCUUAGUGACCCCAUGGACUGUAGCCCACCAGGCUCCUCCGUCCAUGGGAUUUCCCAGGCAAGAGUACUGGAGUGGGCUGCCAUUGCCUUCUCCCUAUUGAGAUGACACCUGUGCUAAGAACAGCUGAAAUAGAAUCACCAUCUACAAAUUUCCAGGCUGACUCUUCACCCACCAUGGAAGACGCAAUAUCUACCUUCAUACCAAAAGAGGCCUCUUCUAUGGCACUUUCUUUCAGGACAUCCUCUCCAUACACCAGAGCUCAGGGUGUACAGAUCGUUAUUGAUGUUGAGACGACACAUACAGCCUUGACUCCUGGGCAAACACUUGCACCUACAGUGGCUGAAACUAUAUUCCCCACAAUCACGGGGCCAGUAUAUGCACAGAAUAUACCCACAGGUGGUGGAAACAUGCUUCCUCUGAUUUCCACUAGAUCAGCUUCCACAUCCAAGGAAUCUGAGUCUGGUCCCACAUCAACAAGUGAUGAAGGUAUCCAUCUAUUCUUCACAAAUGAGAUCACUUGGACUUCCAGGCCAGAUCAGACCUUGUUGACAUCAGUGUUCCAUGGGAGUCCUUCUAAUACAGAGCAUUCAUCCACAGCUACUAAUGUUAUCACCCAACCAGAAGCAUCCACAGAGUGCAAGGCCACCACUAUGGCUAAUACUACUACAGACAGAUAUACAACAGUUCUAUCCAAAUUGACAUCUCCAUGGCUCACUAACUUCUCCAUGGUUUCUGGAGUCACAUAAGUAACCAAACUGCCUGAGUCUAAAUUUAGCACCUUACUACUCAAAACCACCCCUGCAUUCACAGGACUUGGAAAUGAACUUCUUUCAACACCAAGGGAGACAGGUAUUCCACUUGUAGAUAGAAUAUCUACCCUUGCUGAUGUGGAACCAAGUUUUUCCACUGAGGAGAGUGCUUCUGAACACACAGAGACAAAUGGUACAAUUGCAUUUGGAGAGACAACAGCCCCUGUUCCAGACUCUGCAAUGAUACAAAGAUUCAUUGCUACUGUGCCAAGGAAAGAAACAACUUCCCAUUAUCUUGAGGGAAAAUCACCUCUAGCAGUGAUGAUGAAGGUUUCUCCAUUUGCAGCAAUGCUGGAAGCAACAGAUGAGUCUAUUUCCCCCUUUCCUGAUGCAGAGAAGCUGACUACCCGAUUGGAUAAUACAACAACUGCUGAGGUGAGAAAAAGUUGGUUUUCUACAAAAUCAAUGAAAACGACCCCUAAGAGUUCAUACAACGAAACUACAGAUAUCUUGAAUUCCACCCACAUCUACAUAGCACCUUGGACUUCAGAAACUCCACCUGAGGGGAAUCCAGCUCCAUCUCCCACUUCUGGGAGCACAAAGACUCCAUCUACCUCAACCACAAGUAACACAGAGGAGGUCCAUGUUUCAGAAAUGUCUACUGGUCUUGGGAAAACAGCUCUCCCUUCACAGGCUCUGACAAUUACCACACUUAUAUCUCCUGAAAAAGGGAGCAUGAGUGCCCUCUCAGUAUCUACUCCCAGGACUGAGAAAAAGAUAGUAAGCACCACCUCUGUGACUCACCGUUUCUCACACCGCCAGGACAGCUGCUUUGUAGAUACCAUAACUUCUGGGACAACCAGGAUAUCAAAUCCUAUAAACAAUAAAACAACUUUUUUGCACUUGCUUUCACCUGGGACUCAGCCUGAGGUGUCUUCAGUUGCCUCUCUCAUUUCUGAAAGCACACAGACUUCCCCUGAGUCCCCAUCUCCUUCCACAGCUCGACUAUCUAGUGCCAAUUUUAUAGCUGUGUCUACUGACAGGAUCACUACAGCCCUUUCUGCUUCAAAUGUAUCUAUAGCACUUCUUGGGAAAACUUCUAUGAUAACGUCCAUUCAUAUCUACUAGAUGUCCUCACGGCCAGUUAGUGUCACUCCCUCCACCUCUAAAAGGGUUUUGGGCACUCCUACUGUACUAAUGACUGGAUUUUCUAAAACGGACAUUCAGAUUGUUUGAAAAGUACCUCUGUAGCCACUUCUGGGCCAGGUCUGAGAUGUCCUCAAUGUCAGUUGAUGUCUCUGCUUUUCCACCUCCUACUGUUUCUUCUGAUGCUUCCACAACAGGUGGAUCACUCUAUACUUCAUUGUCUUCAGUUACCCCCAGGCCUUCUAUGACCAUGCAAACAUUGUCAUUAGAUGUCACACCUUUGACAUAUGCUGGGUCUGCUUCAAAAAGUUCAGUGGCUUCCGUUGCUUUCACUACUUCAGAAAUAACUAAAGUAUCAUCCAGCAUCACACCUACAUCCUUUUCCUCCCCAGCAGAGCCAACUUUUCCCUCUGGGAAAACCAUUCCAACCACUGUCAUGGCUGGGACAGUGACUCCAUUCAUAGGCAUCCCUGUCUCUCCUCUACUCAGUUCUAAGAACACGGAACCUAUUUCUUCCAUUCCAAAGACCACAUUUUCAUCAUUUCUAUCAACAGCCCAACAAUCAUCACAAAGAUAUCAGGGCACCAGUCUGGGCAUAUUUCCUGGGAUUACUAACAGCUCCCUUUCAACUGUAAGCAGUGGUAAAGUAACAGCUCUCAUAAAUACUCAUUCCAGAACUGGUGCCCCUGAAAGUGUGCUUUCAUCUACUCUGGAAAAUCUCCACACUUCCUUGAAUAUUCAAAUUUCCCCAUCUUUGACUGGCUUUAAGAGCACUCCUGGAUCCACAAAAAGUGUAAAAAUUACCAUUUAUCAUUCUUCAAAUACAGAAAAGAAGACUUCCUCAUCAGAAAAUACUUCAACAGCUGAACUGACAAAAGGUGCCAUGUCUGUGAAUACACCUCUUUCAUACCCUCCCUGGAUUCCAUCCGGUACAACUUCACCCUCUUCGACAUUAGUUCUUUUUUCACCUCAAAGUACUGAAGCCAAGUUCUCUACUCCAAAGACUUCUCUUCCUCCUAUGUCCCAAAGAGUUGAAUCUCCAGUUCUACAAACAAGAACCACAUCUAGUAAUGCCCAGUCUCUGCUUUUGACUUCCUGGAACACACCCACAGCUGAAGAUUCUGAAUUUUCAGCUUCUACCACUGCUCAUGUACCUACAUCCCACAAGAAGCAAACAGAGAGUCCUUACGUUAGUCUAGAGUCUUUGUCAACAUUCCCAGUCUCUCAGACUGGUCUUGUACUUGGAGAUGUAAUGGCAAUGUCAUCAAUUUCCACAACAGGAACUCUUCCUACCUUGGGGAUGUCUGAGAGCCCUUCAUUAUCAAUAUCUUCAAAAUCUAUCCCUAUUACUUUGGCUGACAUUAAGCACACAUUUGAGAAGACAACUACAUCUGUAACUCCUGGGACCACACUCCCAUCAAAUAUUUCCGAUGCUGCUUCAGAAUCUAUCAUUUCAAAGGCUGCUGCUUCACCCAUGUUGACUUGGAUCUUAUCUAGUCUUCCUUCAGGUUCACCUCUGGCAACUAGAUCCAAUACUCUUCACAUUAUAUCUUCCUCUCCAGAAGAGAUAGUCAGUUCACUUCAGUUCAGUUGCUCAGUCGUGUCCGACUCUC